AUGGCGGAUAUUAUCACCAACAUAAAGGCCUCGCGGCUCGCAGUCCCGUGGGAUUGCCAACUUGCAGCGCGUCUAUUUCUAUUUUUCAUAUCCCUAUGUAUUGUCAGUAUGUCGGCAACCUGGAGGCGUUUAUUUUCAGUGGAAAGGAGACAAGGUGGCGCCCAACGACAAUACCUCUGGAAUGUGCCGAGCGGAAAGCAGCCGGACUUUUCAGAGUCUUACACGCACGGACAAAACAUUCCCAUAUCUUGGAAUGCCCUCAACAAUAGUGUGUAUGACCUCUGGUUGACAACAUGGAAUUUCGAGGUCAACCCCAUGGCUUUGUGCCUUGCCAGGGCAAUCAACCUCGGCCAUGACGGAUCAAUCAACUUGAAAACACCCAACAUACCCCCACAAACAUUAUCGACCAAGACUCGUUAUGUCCUCCGCUUCAAACCGCAAACCAAAGAGGGCGGAUACGUCUCUGCAGACCCUGAACUUUGCAGUCCUGCUUUUUUUAUCACGGACUCUUCUCAGACUGUACAAGCCGAGCCAGAAAGCAAUCCUGUCACCUCGACACAGACAACCCUCCAGACAAGGAGCCCAGCACCAACGCACAUCUCAACAAGUCUCGACAACACAACAGUGACCACAUCCUUCCUCCCGCUACCACCAGGCGAGGACGGCACAGCCAACUCUGAAAACAUGUCCUCUGGCCAAGCAGCAGCUCUCACGAUAGGUCUAAUCCUCACGGUGGCCCUCCUGGUAGCGUGUGAGGUAGCCUACCUCAUGUGGCGCCGAAAACAAAAGCGGAAGAUGCAACAAAGCCGAAGGUUGAAAAACAAGAGCUUGUUUGGGGCAGUCCAUGACCCGAGGAACACAGGCCCUGCCCUUACCAAGUUUGCGACUUUAGAAACCAAGUCAACACAAGAGCCAGGCCUUUCGAGGUCGGCAUUUGUUAAACUGAGAGAGUCAAUCACCUCAUGGACUCCAUCGAGGUGGGCGAGGAGUUGGAAGUGGCCCGGGGGCACAGAGAGGAAAAGGGGCAUCUUCACCCGUGUCGUCACAACUAGCCGUGACACGUCCAGCGAAAGAGGUCGAAAGAACUCGGCGAAAGCGGAUGUGGAGGUAGAGGAACGGGAAAGGCGAGAGAAUAAAGAUCGAUGGACCAUGUUCAACUCGCCGUAUACUGGACCUUGGAUGCUGGUAUCGCCCGAGCUACCGGGUGACAGCAGCUGGGGACACUAUGGCAGAAACGGAGAACUGGUGCAUGAGCUACAUGCUUCGAAUGGGAGGAAGGGGCCAGGGACCAUCCACAGUUCGUUGGUGGAGCUCGAUGCUGAGGGUGACAGAUGGGAGGAGCAGAGGCUGGAGGGGAGGUGA